AUGGAGCCACCGACAGGCUUGGGCACCGCCGUGAAGGAACCAGUCGUCGGUCUGUCGGUCCGCCUGCAACUUGUACUGUUUCGCGUUUUUGGCCAUUUUUCUCCCAUUUUGAUCAUUCCUCCGCCCAUCCCAACCUCCAGCAAAACCCCUGUUGCGACCUAUUUUUCGGAAAAAGAGAAAAAUAAAGCCGGUGGGUCCGGCAAGGGAAGUCUCCAGCUAGGGUUCCGGCGAGGGGUGUCCUGCGGGGCGCCGGAUCUGGUGGGGUCGGGACUCCGAGCGGCGGGGAUCGGUGGAAACGAGGCAACGCGGGCGAAGCACGGGGUCACGGGCAGGGAGACCUCGAGCGCGGGCAGAGGCGAAGGCGGCGUCGGGGCGGCGUCGGGGCGGCACAGCGAGACCGGCGGGCGGCAUCGCGGGCGGAGCAGGGGCUUCGACGCGUUUCGGCGAGGCAACGGCGGAUCCGGGCCGGCUGCUGUGGGCAGGGGUGCGGCUGCAGAGAUCGUGGAGCAACGGUGCGAGGAGACUCGGAGCGGUGAUGGCUGGGCGCGGGCGUCGCGGGCGAGGGACUCCGAGCGCAGGCUGAAGAUCGGAUCGUGGCUACCGCAGGGACCUCGGAUCUGCAGGCGCGGUGGUCUUCGGCUGAGGCGGAACGCGGCGAGACCAGAGGGAGCGGCGGCAGCGUCGGGGAAAGGCAGCGGCGUCGUGAGCGGCGCUGGGUCGCGGCUUCACGAGGGGAAGGUAGCUGGGCGUCGGGGCACGGACUCCUGUGGAUCGUCGCUCUAG